GCGCGCUCCCGGGAGGCGGCGGCAGAGGCAGCAUCCACAGCAUCAGCAGCCUCAGCUUCAGCCCCGGGCGGUCUCCGGCGGGGAAGGCCAGUGGGACAAACGGACAGAAGGCAAAGGGCCCGCAAUGGAGGGAGCAUCCUUUGGUGCGGGCCGUGCGGGAGCUGCCUUUGAUCCCGUGAGCUUUGCGCGGCGGCCCCAGACCCUGUUGCGGGUCGUGUCCUGGGUGUUUUCUAUUGCGGUGUUCGGACCGAUUGUCAACGAGGGCUACGUGAACUCGGACAGUGGUCCAGAACUGCGCUGCGUCUUCAACGGAAACGCGGGAGCCUGCCGCUUCGGCGUCGUACUAGGUCUAGGGGCCUUCAUCGCCUGCGUGGCUUUCUUGCUGCUGGACGUGCGCUUUCAGCAGAUCAGCAGCGUCCGAGACCGCCGCCGGGCAGUGCUACUGGACCUGGGCUUCUCAGGGGUCUGGUCCUUCCUGUGGUUCGUAGGCUUCUGUUUCCUCACCAAUCAGUGGCAACGAACAACGCCAGGGCCAGGCACAGCGCAGGCUGGAGAUGCGGCGCGUGCUGCCAUCGCUUUCAGCUUCUUCUCCAUCCUCAGCUGGGUGGCGCUCACCGUGAAGGCCCUGCAGCGGUUCCGCCUAGGCACAGAUAUGUCUCUCUUUGCUACAGAUCAGCUAGGUACUGGGGCUACCCAGGCCUACCCAGGCUACCCAGUGGGCAGUGGUGUGGAGGGUACAGAAACAUACCAGAGCCCGCCCUUCACCGAGACCCUGGACACCAGCUCCAAAGGGUACCAGGUGCCUGCUUAUUAGUAGGUGUUAGGCUCCGGCCAGGGCUGGAAGGCCACCUCACCACCGUAGGCCUCAAGGCCUCCUGAGACCUUUUCUGGGUCCUACCGUGCCAAGGACAGAGAAGGUGGCCACUAUGGGCCUCUGGGACCAAGGGGAGUAGCCUCCCUGGUGCCUGGACUGUCCCCACAAAGUUCCCCCUAGCCAGAGAUCUCAGUCUUAAGGCCCUGAGAAGAAAACAGUACUUCUUGGAGUGGACUGGCCUGGGAGGCAUUCCUUUUAUGGGCCAGCCAACCAGGGACUCACCUGUCCACUCUAAGUCAGAAGUCCAGCUGCCUCCCAGCUCAGGGUGCGGGGGCUCUGGGGACCAGGGAGAGGGAGACUUAAUUGUACCCUUAGGUGGGGAUCAUGGCCCUUGUUCCCAGUCCCUGGCUCCUAUCAUGGUGGUCCACCCUGUCCAAGCUCCCUCCCCUCCUCUUGCAGGAUCCCUAGAGCAGCUCAGCCCUGUCGGUGUUGUGAUUGUGAUUAAGUCUUCAGGUCUCAUCUCAUAGUGCCCCCAUAAGCCGCCCCUCUCUGUGUGGCUCCUGCCCAGGUGUUUCUGGCCAGGAAGGUAUAGACAACUAUGGGCCUGGGCACCCGCCCUUCGGUAAGACCUUCCCUAGGGAACAGACAGCUGGGUACCUGGGUGCCAGGCAAGACAAGACUCUUACAAGGAGAGGACUAAAGGUCUCAUCUGCCCAGGGUGUCACUGGAGAGAGUCGUUCCUGUAAAUGGCUUAACCUUGGCUUCCUGAACCAGUCCCUCCCUAGUCUAUCUUCUAUUCCCUUUUAAGGCCCAGACCAGGUGUGGGUCCUUGUGCAUAGCAGACUACUCAUACAUUGCUUGAAGCUGGCUUUUCACAUCAAGUCAAAACCAAACUCGUUGCCAUGUCUCAUUCUUCCAGACAAAAUGCCUCCCUGUGGAGUUGCAGUUGAAUGACAACCCUGUACGUUGUAGCAUAGACCAAUCAUGUGGAUAUUUAAGUGAACAUGUUUACAAUUUUUGUAUAUAUGGAUCUAUUCCUUUUCCUCUGAAAGAACAAUCCAUGAUUGUGUAUUUUCAGUGUCCCCUGUUACAACUGCAACUUCUUUACAAUAAAGACUGUACGUGCAUUGACCAUCA